AUGAAUUCAUUUGUUUCGAGAUUUGGAAAACACUUUUUCCUAAGCAAUGCGAUUAACAUUCAAACCAAACCCCUCUCUGCGUCCAUUUUGGGGCCGUUGGGUCUGAACUUGCGCCAGAGGAUCCCCACACAGCCCGCACGCUUUUUUUCUCGAACUUCUGAGAUUAAGUCAAGCUGGAGGGAUGUGUUCAAUGGAGCGGGAGCCAGCCGCUAUGCCAGGCUUAACCGUUUCCAGCAGUUCGAAAAAGGGAGCAGAAACACGAAUAACCCAUUCUCGAAUAACAGCCUGCGGAACGUCACUAUUGCCGGCGCACUCUUCAUGGGCGGUACAUAUUUCGGCCUGCCGUAUCUUUUUGACAAUGUACCGCCAUUCACAUACUUUAGGGCGCAUCCUUCGAGCUUGGUCUACGGCUUGAUUGGUCUAAACUGCGGUGUGUUUGCCCUAUGGCGCGUUCCUCAGUGCUGGAGGUUUCUACAAAGAUACAUGCUGCUGGAGAAGGACCAUAUUUACAGUAAGUGGUCACUGAUAGGCAGUGCAUUUUCUCAUCAGGAAGUUUGGCACUUAGGAAUGAAUAUGCUCGCGCUCUGGUCCUUUGGUACCACGGUUGCCACCAUGCUUGGACCAGCCAACUUCAUGUCGCUCUACCUAAACAGCGCGCUCGCGGGCUCGCUUCUUUCUCUCUGGUAUCCACGCAUUGCGCGUAUUUCGAUGAUGGCGCCAAGUUUGGGAGCCAGUGGCGCCCUUUUUGGAGUGUUCGGGUGCUUCUCCUACCUUAUUCCACAUGCCAAAAUCAUGUUAUUUGUGUUCCCUAUCCCAGGUGGAGCAUGGCUCGCCUUCUUGGGCUCCAUGGUGUGGAACGCUGCUGGUUGCGCUUUGAGAUGGGGUUCCUUUGAUUACGCGGCGCACCUUGGUGGGUCAGUGGCCGGUAUAGUUUACGCAUACUUGAUUUCAGAGCAACUCAAGAAGGAGAAGGCGCGCCGUAUGCAGCGUUUUUCUGUGUUUUAA